AUGGGACCAGAUGCUGUUCAUACUCUUAAUACCGUGUGUGAACGUCAAUCUCUGAGCUUUGAAGACUUCCGCUGCACCUUAAAAGCAUUCUGGAUAAAAAAGUUUCUGCCAGAAAUGAUCAAUGAUCAUGGAAUGGAAGCUAUAACGAGAAAUUCUCAUCAUAAAAAUCAUUUUCUCCAAUGCAAUAUUCGAAUUGUGCAAUUAUUUAUCACUUUAAUUCCAAAACCAUAUGAAUCCUCUUCAUUAUUAAAACUGUUCGAUUAUUUUACCGAUGAAAAAAAUUUGCUCUCUGUGGAAGCAAUAGAAACUUUUCUUAGUAAAAAUACUGGGAAAACCACGGACAUCUGUCUGAAUCAGUUAUGUAUUUUAAUAUGUGUUAAACAUAUACGCAAGCAAAUUUUUAUUCCAUCAAGAAUUCGAUCCAAUUUGAGUUAUUGUAUUGAAAGCUUACUAUCGACGUGGUCACUAAAUGAUCUAUGUGAACUAAUGUCAUUAGUACAUAAUACAGAUGAUAUAAAACAUCUGAAUAGUGUGCUGACGAUUAUUGUCGAAUUCGGCUUAAUUUUUGAUCGAACAAUUUUUAAUUUUAUUCAGCGUUCUGUGUCGUCAUCUGAAUGGCCUCGAAUUGUUCAUUCAUAUGCCAUACAAGUGUCUUUGCCUUCACAAAGUAAAAUGCUUGAACUGAACGAUCUAUUUGAUCACAUUAUCAAUCUAACCUAUACACAAAUGAACGCCGCGGAUAAAGCAAAAAGGAAACAAGAAUUAUCUAAUCAAUAUGAUUGUCUUUCAAUGAUGCUCAACCAUUUUUCAUCGAUGGACACAAAUAAGUUGAAAGAUCAGUUGAAAUUGAUUCCGAGUUCUGACUUUUAUUCUCUCGUUGCAUUUGUCAUCCGGGUUUCUGAUGUAGUAUCCCAGAAACCAACGCGUUCUGUACAAAAACUUUCGAUUUUAUUAGCUCUUGAUUCAUCGAACGCAUCUGCCCGAAUUCUUCAGAUAAAUACUGGUGAGGGUAAAACGCGUCUUUUAUCUGUCCUAGCAGUGAUUAUAUCUUUACGCGGAUUUAAAGUUGAUGUGAUCACAAGUUCAAAAGAGUUAGCCAAAAUUCAAGCUGAAAAGUUAAAGAGUUUUUAUGAACUUUUUAAUUUAAAAGUUGCUUGUAAUGCUGAUUUGUCAUCCCAAAACUAUCUCUAUGGACGAUUGCGGAAAAAAGGGAUUUCAGCUCAGAUCUUUAAGAUGCUUGGAGUUUUUCAGCCAGUUUAUGAAUGCGAUGUUAUUUAUGGCUCUGCUGAUGAUUUUGAAGCACAUAUUUUACAAGAUGAAUUCAAUGACACUAGUGUACGUUGUGAUCGUCGAUGUGAAUUUGCUCUCGUCGACGAAGUAGAUAAUCUGAUGAUCGAUGGUCGAGAACAACUUUUACAUUUAUCAACCCCUGUACCUUCCAUCUUCUAUUUAUUACCAAUCCAAGCUUUUAUUUGGAACCUUAUUUUAAAUCUUGAUGAAAAUGUUCAGAAAAUAGACGGUCAAUGGUAUAAAAUAUGUCAAGACGAAAAAGAAAAUAUUGUCAGAGAACCAUUAAACGAAUCACUGAUGGAUUUUGCCGAAAAAACCUUUUUACCAGUCUUUGAAAGCGUUGUGCAUUUAGAAGAUAUUGCACCUGAAAAAGCGGCACAAAAACUAAUCAUUCCUAAACAUUUACAUAAGGUGACAUCGGCACAACUGUCGUUAUGGAUUCGAAGUGCCAUUUAUGCGAAAUUCGAAAUGAAAGAAGGUUAUGAUUACCUUUUGAAAAAUCACAAAAUUAUCUAUGUCGAUGUUAAAAAUACUGGAGUUUUACAUGAUACAAUGCGUUGGUCUGAUGGUUUACAUUUCUUUCUUGAGAUGAAACAUGGUUGUUCAAUACAAUCAGAACAUAUCAUUACAAAUUUUAUCUCUCAUGUGACUUUUUUUCGACGCUAUUUAGACAAGCUAAUUGGAUUGACGGGGACUAUUGGUAGCGAAGCAGCGCAAAGUGUAUUUCGUAAAGUUUAUUCCGCAAAUUGUAUUAUCAUCCCUUGUGAGCGUCGUCACUAUGAAUUACGACCUUAUUUUACUAAUAAUAUUGAACAAUGGCUCCAUUAUAUCGCAGACAAUGUGGAAGAAAAAAUGAAACGAAAUCGAGCAGCUCUAAUUAUUACAAAAUAUAUUGAAGAAGCACGAACCAUCGCUGGUUUUCUUCGUUUGAGUUUUCCGAAUAGAGUGAAAUUAUACACCGAAAAUGAUGAGCAAAAUGUCGUGCGAGAGAGUUUAGAAGCCGGUUAUGUCAUUGUUGCUACAAAUCUAGCUGGUCGUGGAGCGGAUAUUCUUGUUACAGAAGAAGUUGAGCACAACGGAGGUCUCCAUGUUUGUAUUACUUUUCUGCCGGAUAACGAUCGUGUUGAGCUACAAAAUCAAGGACGAACGUCACGAUGUGGUCAUCAAGGAACUAGUCAGUUUAUUAUCAACACAUCGAAAGAAUCAAACGAUAAUUGUCAAAUUUGGUUGGAUGAAAGAGAAAAAUUAGAAAAAAUGCGUUAUUUUCGUGAAUUAAUCGAAGAAGAAAAUAUGAAUCAGGCCAUAAAAGCAGUCGAAAAAACAAUCGAGAAAGAUCAAAUAUUUCAACAAUUUACUUCACUACAAAAGACAAUUAUUCAAUGUUUUCCCGAUCACAGUCAAGAUAUUGCCAAAGAUGCUUUGCGAGAAAGAUUUGGCCGAUGGUUAAUUGAAUCUUCUUCGAAAACAAAUCACGAAUUGCAACAAUUCUUUGAUCAGUUUAAAACUACUUGUCAAAAUGAUCCACAGAAUACAUUGAUCGAUAAUCCAGUAUAUUAUGUUCAAAUGGCAAAUACUCUUUUGAAAGAACAGAAAAAUGUUGAUGAGGCGAUCAAUUAUUUAAAUAAAGCUAUUCAAAUGGAUCCAUACUGUGCUGCAAGUGCUUUUUAUAGUCGAGCCUAUGCUCGAGCGUUACAGUAUAAAAAAACUGGAGAUACAAAUCAAUUGAAAGAUUCGAUUAGCAAUUUUGAAGAAGCAAGACGCAUUAUUAAAGAAAUCCUAGAUCCAACGAUUCUUCUAUUUCCAGUCGCGACAACUGAUUCACCUCUACAUGAGUUUUUAGUACAUUUGAAAAGUCUAUAUGGCAUUUUACUGAAUUCAAUUAAUGUCGCUAUUGGACGAUCUUGUGAUGAAGAUAUCAAAAAUUUAGAAGAACAGUUGAAUAAUGAAAUGAACAGUGAACAGCGCAAGCAACUCGAAGAAAAGUUGAACUGUUUUAAAAAUAAUCGAAAUCAAAUAGAAAAUGGUAUUUUAGGAACUACUUUAAAUACUAAAUCAGUAAUUAAAAUUCAACGAAUGACACUCAUGGAAUCUUUACCAUUAAGUGAAAAUAAAGAUCUUUACAAAAAAGAAAUUGAAGAAUUUGAAAGAAAUGGUUUUAUUGGAAUAAUUAUUUUCAAUGAACAAAAGCCUAUCGAAUGGUGGUCUGUAAUUAGUGUGGGCUUGCUUGGUCUUAGUCAAAUAUUAGUUGGAAUUUUUGUGGCUGUUCUCAGUACGGGAGCUGCUGCUGGAGUUGGUUUAUCACUUUUACAAGAAGGAAUUAGUGAUUUAAUUACGUGUGUUAAAGAUGGAAUUCUUAAUAGAAGCUUUAGUUGGAGUAAAUGGGGAACACAAAAGGUAUAUAGCCUAGUUAUAACUAUCAUCUUUACCGGUUUUAGUGCUUUAAAAGCAGCUAUGAGAACUGUUGGAAGUGCCGCAACUACUGUAAGAAAUGCGAUUAAUUAUGGUAUAAAAGAAUUAUAUACAAAAACUUUUCAAGAAGGAAUUCAAAUUGGUGGGAAAAUGUUAGCUUUACAAAGUAUAAAACGUGCUGCUGUUGAAGUGGCUCUUUCAUUGGCUGAUUAUGCUCUUUCAGAAACGAUUCCGCCUUCCAUUCAGACAACAAUACAAAAAAUCCUUGCUGAAGAAAUUCAAUUAAAAUUUAAAAAUCAUAAGAAUUUACACCGCUUGAUGACUUGCGAUGGCAAACAAAGAAAUCGAUUUUAUGCGAAUCAAUUAAAAGAUUAUAUAUUUAGUCAAUUAAAUGAAGAGUCCUUAAAAGCAAAAUGUUUAGCGGUCGGAACGGUUUUAUUGAAAGCAGCUUCAUUUCAUUCUGGUAUAGCUACAAGAUCUGCAUCAAUUAUACAAAGUUUAACUCCAAUCAUUGAAAAAGCAUAUAUUGUAAUAGGUUUGAUAGAUACGGAAGCGAAUAGACUAGGACAAUUAGAUGAAGUGCAAGAUAUUGUCGAUCAAACAAAUGAUCAACAGCAACAGGGAUUAUUUUAUUUGUACUAUAGGGAUAGUAAUGUCACUCAAGCAAAAAAUGACCAAAUAUCUUUGACUAUCGAAGAAUUUUGUAGUGAUAUUACUGAUCAAAUGAGCAAAAUAAUUUGUCAAUACUUACAAGCAAGUAUAGUUCGACCAUUGAUUUCUUCCGGAAUGGAUCAAGUGUUCUCUGGUUUUAAUCAAAACCUAAACAAUCAACUGGAUUUAUUUAUAAAAAAACGAACCGUUCUUGAUCAUCAAAUUUUCCAUCAAUCAGAAAUACAUGGUAAUGUUAACGAGGAAACUGUAGCAAUAGCACAGGUAGAGAUUAAUAAUGUGGGACUUGGUGCAGCUGGUCAGAUUCAUCAUAUUGGAUACAUAAGCCAAGCAAUGAAUCGACGAAUUCUCAUCUAUGAUGAACGUGGACGAGUUGAACAUGUUGUUGGUCUUGAUACAUCACAACCUGCAAUAGAAAUCGUUUAUCAUCCUUCAAAUCAACCUAAUAGAGCUGAUCAUUGGACAACUGUCCAUGAAGAAAAUACAGAACAAAUAAGAAUAUACAAUUGUCUCUUUGAUAUGAUUAGUGCACAAACUGAAUGUGAUAGUACACAGAUCAGAGAAAAGACGGUGCAAGCAAUGGAAGGAAACCGAUCGAAACUGGCAGCAGCUAUGCACGAUCUUCAGUUUCUACGACAAACUUAUCGUGACCACUUAUUUUUCGUUGAAAAUUGUCGAUCUCAGACUGAAUAG